AAAAUUCCCGCCCGUAAUCUCGGUGAGUCUAUUUUCAGCGCAACAUCCCGCACGCCGGCGUCCGCGUUUCCGUUGACACCGCGCUGGCCGGCAUGACAGAAGGGAGAGUGAAGCGAGAGCGCGUCCCUCGUCUCCGUCGUCGGCGUGUCCUCGCGCGCCGAAAGUCGGCCGUGAAGCCCGACGAACCGCGGCGUUCUCGCGGUAUUUUCCGCGGCGCGGGAUAAUACAACGCGGAGUAGCCGAUUGAGAUCGUGAAAAUCGCGAGAGCGAGCAAGGCCCGAAUCUUGCGGCAGAAUCUCUGUGUGAGGCAGAGCGGAAAAAUAAAACAGAAUUCAACGCGAGGUUUUUCAGAUCGUGACGACCGAUAAAAACAUGACUUCGAGGCGAAUUGGACCGGUCCGAUACAACGCGGCUUCUCGAGACGCGACAGAUUGUUGCAAACGUGCGCGGACGAAGGGGGAAGAAGGGCUAGUCACCGAGGACCCGUCGACGGAGCGUGCGUGAAUUCGUCAGCAUCGAAAUGUGAUGAGGACGACGACGACGACGCGUGCCGGGACGAGAGGAAGACGCGCUCUCGCGUCGCACCGCCUGCUUUCGCUCCGAGGAAAAUCGCUGUCACCCGGGGAUCAUCUUUAUCGAGCAAGACGCGUCGCGUAACUGGGACGUAUCCGCACGAGAGUCCAAAUUCACAGCGUGUUCAGCGGCGAUUCAUCGAUCUGUCCGUUCGGAUAUUCGUUGUUAAUUGUACAAUACGACGCUCUACGACGUGAAAGACCUUUCCGAUCUCAAAUCCGAUUGAAAGGUAUGAGUGUGUAGAUUCUGACACCGGGUGAGCUGGCUUUCGGUGCUUUCUCUCAGUGCGCGAAUGACAAGAAUUCGAUAAUAAAUUAGUAAACUGGCUCCAAUGAAGGAGCCAAUGAAAGUGUAGAGAUAUUGUCGGGCACGAAGCGUCGGGAUGGGCACGACGAACGCACAAACAAACUCGAAUCACACGAGGAACGAGGUGCAGCUGAGCGGCAGUUCCAUCGACGCGUUCUUCGCCGGGACGGUGAUCCUCGUGACCGGUGGUACCGGCUUCCUGGGUAAGGCCUUGCUCGAGAAAUUGCUGCGCUCCUGUCGUCGCGUAGCCACGAUCUACCUCCUGAUCCGCUCGAAGAGGGGCCAGUCCAUCGAGGAGCGCUGCAAAGAACUGUUGAAGAAUCCCAUUUUCGACAGGAUUCGACUGAGCUAUCCCGGCGCCCUGGACAAGAUCAUUCCCGUGAAAGGGGACAUGGGCAUGCCAGAAUUAGGUCUUCAGCCUGACGACAAGGAUAUGCUGAUACAAAGAGUCAAUAUCGUGUUCCACGUUGCCGCUACCGUGCGCUUCGACGAGCCGCUCAAGGUGGCUGUGAAUCUCAACAUAAAGGGCACGGAUCGUAUACUGGAUCUCUGCAAGUGCAUGAAAAACCUCAUCAGCAUCAUUCACGUCAGCACGGCUUACAGUAACGCGGAUCGGCAGGAGAUCAAUGAGACCGUAUACAGCACGCAGAUAAAGCCGCACACGGUGAUCGAGAUGUGUGACAAUCUGGACGACGAGAUGAUAAACGUAAUAGAGAAGAAGCUGAUAGGCAAACAUCCGAACACUUACACACUGACGAAGGGCCUAGCGGAGCAAAUUGUGUUGAGCAAGGGGAACGAUUUGCCCAUCGUGAUUGUACGGCCGAGCAUAGUGUGCGCUGCGUAUCAGGAACCGUUUCCAGGCUGGAUAGAUAAUACAUGUGGUAUUACAGGUAUAAUGGCGGAAAUGAGCAGGGGUAUCGUAAGAACCGUCGUUUGCAACGAAGAUCUAGUGGUAGAUGUUGUACCUGUCGAUUACGUUAUUGACACCCUGAUCUGCGCGUCUUGGUAUAACGCCACCCAACGCACCAACACCAUAAAGAUUUACAACUGCACCAGUAGCACGAUGAAUCCCAUCAGUUGGCGCGAAUAUGGAUCACUUUUGAAGAAAUAUGCGAUACAGAAUCCGUCCAAGUACGUGAUGUGGUACCCGGGUUUCACGUUUAGGACAAAUAAAUUUCUUCACAGCAUAUUUGCGACCACGUUGCAUGUCUUGCCCGCGUUUGUUCUAGAUCUUAUAAUAAGGAUCCAAGGUGGUAAGCCAAUAAUGAUGAAGAUUGUCAAACGAUUGGAGCGCGCGGCUCAAACCGGAGAGUUCUUUGCGAUGAACGAGUGGAAAUUUUAUUCAGGCAACAUGACAGAAUUGUUGAAGUUCGUGACAGCGUCGAAAGAUUGCAGUGACUUCAACCUAGAUUUCCGAAAUCUUGACUGGGACGCGUACUUGCACCAGUACAUGUUGGGGAUCCGAAAAUACAUCUUCAGGGAUGAUCUGAACACGUUGAACAAGGCGCGAAUGCGUUUGUUAAAGUUAUACUGGAUACAAAAAUUAAUUCAGACAUUCAAUGUAUUCAUGUUAUUAUGGAUGAUCAGAUCUGCCUUUCGGUGAUAUCAUCGAGAACUUUUUGUGCCUUCGUUGCUCGCGAUUCAUGUAACACACUACGUUUACAUAAAGUUUUACAUUUAUCAUAUCAAAAUCUAAUGACACUAUGCGUCGGCAAAAUGACGUAACACGAGGAUAGACGUAAUUUACACAUGGGUGGAAAUUACUUGACGCGUAAGAAAGGGAAACAAAGUUUCUCACGCUUCAUCUCAUGUAACUCAUUCUUGUCAGACACAAAGUCGCACAUGAAAGAAGGAAACAGAUUAUUUGUGAGAGAGAGAAAAGAAAGUAAUGAAGAUGAACAUUCAUCUUCAUUCCUUUCUUUGGAUUUUUCUUAACAGUCAGGGUUCUAUUUACCUGCAUGCUUAAACCGAAGCUCCAGAGCAAGAAGGCAAAAGAGAAAGGGAAAGAAAUGGCAAGGAAAGUUUCCUUCAAACGCUGUAAAAUCCGUCAUAUAUUGUUCCUCUUCUUGUAUCUUUCAGAAUUUACACUGUAGAAGCUUUUUGAAGAAAAGAAAAAUAAUAAUUACGACUCUGUUGGAAAGUGAUAUUGUUGAAAUCGAUAUGACUGCGAAUCACGCAGAUUCUCACUCUAUAUCUUACGAUAUUCAAGUACCAAACAGGCCUUUUGAAUACUUGUCGGACCAAUUCUUAUGCGAAUAUUACGUCCCUAUUAACUCUUAAUAUUACAAUAUCAAUAACCGAAGUUUUUUCGAUACAUGUAAAGACUGACUCUAAUGGAAUAUUCUGAAAACGAUAUAAAUUACGCUAAUUUUGCGCGUACCUAAUUAUGCGUUGCCUUACAAAUACGAACGUCGAUAUUGAAAAUGAGUUAUUUUUACUAAUCUAUAUACUUUUACAAUAAUCACGAUCAAAAUCGGUUGACUUUCCUAUUGUGUCACCCUCGCAGGCGAAUGGAAGAUGAGGGCUGAAAUAAUUAAAACUCGUUCAUUUUGCGAAUUGCAAGCGGCGUUAAUAGAGCGCGAUAUCACGACGAUAUUUAUAGCGACAGCUUGUUAUAGCUUGAGUUAAGUUAUUAACAUUAACGAAGUAGUUUCCGUACGAUGGAGUCAAGAUGUGAGUGUGUGGAUAUUAGGUGUGUAUAUUUGUACAUUGAAACUAAGUAAUAUAUAAUAUGCAUCCUAACCAGAAGUGAUUCAUCGAAACGACAUCGUUAACGUCGAAAUGAUCUUUAAACAAGAAACCUUGAAAGAAUAUAAAGUUAUUGUAUUAUUAUUAUUAUUAUUAUUAUUAGUAUUAUUAUAUGUUAGACAUAUAUGUUUAAAAUGUAUGAAACUCUCAAAAAAAAGAAAACUCCCUAUACACACGAAAGCUCCAAAAUUUCGAAUUAACAACUUUCGACAUUACUGAUGUCGUUUCGACGAGUCAUUUCUGGUUGAGGUACGGAUAUAAAUAUUUCAUGUAUAUACAUUUACAGGUUUAGUUAUCCAAUUAUUAUGUAGAGGUUAUUUUCACAGACGGCAUAUGUUGCUCCGCGGUUACGUGCGAAAGUAUACCCAGGCAAGACAGAAAAUCAUGAUGACGUCAAAGUGACGUUAAGUGAUGAGGAAUACUCUUUUUUUUUUUUCAUGAUUCGAUCAUUUCCUCGUUAUUUUGACGUCAUCACAAUUUCAUGUUCUACGCGGGUAAUGUUGCCCACGAUUGUUAAUUCUAAAAUUAUCCCAAACACGAUGGGGAUUACGAUAGAAAUUAUACGACCACUACGUUAGCAGGCAAAUAACCGUUGGAUGGAACUCAAUCGAGAAGGAGAAAUUUCGUCCACUCAUUGGUAGAUUGAUCUCGGAUAAAUUUGCGUAUGAUUGACCGAAAUUUCUCCCUUCUCUUCGUGCCGAACGUAACUUUGAAGGCGCAAUUUUAGUUGAACGAGCACAAUCAUCUUUCUUUUAACAUUCAAUAUUCUUGCGUGCGUGGCAAUGUAUCAUAAGAUAUACACAUACCUCAAUAAAUUAACAGGAUAUUUGUUAAGCGACACCUCAUAAUUUUAUAUAAAUCAAAGCGCAUAAAACUAUUGUAAUACCUUUGUCAUACAUCGAACAUGUGUGUACAAGACUUGUAAUUACAAUGAACAAUAUUUUACGUGA